AUGCGAGAGAAUAAGUUGACAAUGGCAGCGGUGGGACUCGAACCCACGCCCUUUCGGACCGGUGCCUUAAACCGGCGCCUUAAACCGCUCGGCCACGCUACCGUGGUGUGCUCCGCCGACUAUCUCUAUCUCAUCGCCAGCAUUCACUUCCUCUCCUCCUCCUGCUCCUUCAUCCCUCCUGCAGUCUCUUCGUCUCACAGGCGGUUACAAACCUUUCUCGCUACAUCACACUCACGUCAUGCCUAA